AUGCAGCCCUGGACCAACCAGGGCCAGAACGCUGCGGAUGAACAGAAUCAGUGGCAGUCUGGCUUCGCGUUUCCGACACAGAACGGCCAGUAUGAUCCAAGCCAGCACCAGUGGUCGCCGCCGAUGGCCGGCCAGGCCGCCGCUUUCGCCGCAGUCAGUCACGACGCGCAGAAUAGCCUCGCGACCGACUUUCGCUUUGACCCGACCCAGCAACCCGUCGCCGACACCUUUCUCGAGGAUCAUCUGACGACUUCGCAGCCGACACAGAUGGCCUUCCACGCCGGCAGCCAUAGCACCCUGCACCAGCAAUUUCCCGAUGCCGACUCGGCAAUGCUGGAUCCAUCCUUUGGCGGUAGCUUGCAUCCUACCAUGUUCGGACAGCAGCAGCCGCAGCAGCCGCAGCAGCCGCAGCAGCAACCGCAGCAGCAGCAACAGCAGGUCAAGUUGAACAUGGCCGGCGGGAACGCUGGCAUGGGCCACAUGGCCAUGGGCCAGAUCCAGAACAAUUCGCACACGCACCCGCAGGCCUUUGCCCAGUCUGACUUUGCCUUUCCCGCCGGCACCCAGCCCUUUGGUUCUCCUGCGAAUCAAGUUCCCCAAUAUAGCCCACCUCCGUUGCUGGCCCGUCUCGCGCCGGCACGUCGACAGAGCCUCACGCCGCAGCAGCAACAGUUUGACAACAACCUUCGCCCCAAUCAUGCGCAAGCCUCGACGUUCAGACGUCCUACCCAACAGUCUCCCGAUAGGCAACGUACGCAGCAGCAGCUCUUUCCGGCACCUGGACAACCUCUCGUGCCACCUGCCACCGCCCCUCCGGAUCAGUUCCAACCCGGAAACCACGCUCACCUAGGCUUUCAAGAGUUCCCAGACCACGCGUCGCAGGCGCAACUGCAGCAGGCUCAUCAGGCGUCAACAUUUUCCUCUCCACAGCAGCUAGUAUUUCAGCAGCCCGUGCAGCUCAUGCAGGGAGUUUCCGGUCAGCAGCAGCAGCCGACCUCCAACCUACAUCAGCAGGUGACCGCCGCGAACACGCAGUACAUGACGCAGCAGGAACCCGAGACAUUUGCGCUCGCCGCGGCCGAGCCGUCUACGAAGAAGAGAAAGAGGGCAUCGAAAGGCGCCCCGGAUGCGACGGCGACGGAGCCUCCGGCACCUGCCAUCGUGGAACUCUCGCCCGAGGUAGUGGCGAGAAAGACGGAGGAGAUAGAUGCUCUGACAGCGCCAGUGCCGACUGCCGACGAGGCCAAGCUGCUGGCCGACGCCGGGAAACGCGGCAGGAACGGUGGCGCCAAAGUUGCGCAGAACAAGGCCAUUCCGUACCUCGUCGGCGAUGGCAGCAUCCAGCUUCCAGCCCCGAAGAGCUUCGAUAAGCUGGCCCCCUUAGUCGCGGUACCGCCACGUAGUGGUAAGCCCGCCGUGCCCGGCCUUGGAUACGCCUUGCCGUGCGAGGUCCAGGGCAUGUUCACGAGCCAGUACAACCCAUCCUCCGACAGAGUUGGCCUGGACGAAAGGCGAGAGGAGGCCAAGGGACUCCUAGACGAAUAUGACCGAUCCAUGACGGCGCUGGGGAAGCGACAGCCCAAAUAUACCGAGUAUCCUCAUGCCUUCAAGGAACAACUGAAAGCCGACGAGGCCCUGAAAAACAAGGCCGGCAAGAAGGCCAAGAAGGAACAGGAAGGGGAGCGCGGCGCGCACAAGCCUAUCCGACCCGCGACGCGACCAACGGAUCCUGCGGCGGCCGCGGUAUGGGAUAUCACUGGCAUCGUGCACAUCGAACCCUCGGUUGGACGAAACCCCGCGCUCAUCGCGAACCGCGUCAAGGAAGCGGGCGAAUACCUGAUCAACCUCCGCGGCGAGGCGAAUCGCUCCAAGGUGGCGCACGACCAAGCGACGAAAGACAAGCUUCCCACGAACGAGAUCGCAGAGUUGAAAGCAGCGGCCGCUCAGAAGAAACAGACGCUCUACAAAGCGCUGGACGCCACGGUCGAACACGCCGACGACGCCGUCCUGGACAAUCUCGGUGGCCACCAGAAGCUGGUCCUCAGCCUCGUCAACGCCUUGAUUUCGUGCAUCAAAAGCAAUGAUUUCUCGGGAGACCUGCCGAAGAUUGUGCUAGAACUCUUCACCCUCUUCAAGAUGACCAAGAAGAUUGCCGAGACGCCCAAUCUCGACAUGGUGCUGAAGCGCUUCGAGGACAAGGGCGAUGAGGCCGCCGGAGAGCUUGCCCGCGAGGUCGCGCAGAGCAUGACGAAGCUCAUCAAGGCCACCGGUUCUGAUGCUGCACCUGGGUACGCUGGCACAUCUGCCGCUGGCAGAGUCAAGGCCAAGUCGGGUCCUGGGGAUGGUCCAUCGGCCAAGAGAGGCAGGGAUGACGACGACGACACCCGGACGGUGAAGAAGAUUGCCGUCGAACCCGGCAGCUCCGCGUUGAGCAAGAAGUUGGGUCAAUUCAAGGCGCCUAUGAAGGCGGCAGCAAGCAAGGCGACGUCAUCCAUCUUGCCGGGUAAAUCGCGACCAGUGGCCAAGCCAGCUUCGAAGCCAUCUCCGCCGGCUGGCGCCGACGGCACCAACGCAUCGACCGACGACAAAGGCAAGUCCGACCCCAAGAAGGGCACCAAGUUCGAUGCCAAGCCCGGCGCAGCGGCUCCCAAGAAGGAGGUGAAGGCUCCACCGAAGCCUGCGGCAAGCUCAAGCUCGUCGGUGGUUUCGAGCAUCUCGUCGCUGCUCGAAUCCAUCAACGCAAAGAAGCCCGAGAUUGCGGCCGUGACGACAAAGGACAGCAACCGAUCGGAGACGCCGGAGACGGCCGAGCAGAGAACGAAGAGGCUCCACAAAGAGGCCCGCCGGAGACUUCGCGUCAGCUGGAAGCCCGAGAGCGAGCUGGUCCAGAUCAGGAUAUUUGAGAAGGACGACGAAGAGGAUGAGGGCCGAGCGAGUAACAUGAUACUAGACGCAGCAGACGACCGGUCCGAAGGCAUGGUCCUCAAGCGACGGGCCGAUGUGGGCGUGGAGGAUGAGGACGACGAUCCGUACCAGCCGUGGGAGAGCCCGGUGGCGACAGACUUGUCAACCUUGCCCGACGAUGUCCGCAGAAAGAAUUUCGUGACCCGCGGCGGCCACGUCGCCGUUGCUACGGAGGAGCAGAAGCGCAUAGCCGAACGAGAGCAGCGCGAGCUCAUGGCCGUUUACACGGACCCGGCCGACAUCCCUGCCACGCCAAAGUCGCCGCCGUCGGAGCCGUCGGCGGCGAAGGCUGAGGUCAAGGUCGCACAGUUGCCUCAAGAUGAUGAUAAAUUCAAGGAGAUCCAUCGUCGGUGGCAAGAGGAGCAGCAGAUAGGACCGGACAAGGCGCUCCAGGAAGCCAUGAAGCGGCUCGACUCCAAGAGUAACCUGUCCACAAGGCUAGACUCCAUCCUUGGACGUCUUCACCAGGCAGGCUCCGGCAAAGGCGGAGCGGCCGCGCAGCAGCCACCGGGGUUGGCCCAGGCGAUGGAGAUUGCCACGAAAGCAACGAACACCAACGUCAACAUCCCCUUUGUCAUGGGCAACUCGGUCGAGACACACGUUCUCGCAUGGCUCAAGUGGGAUGGGAACCAGGCUUGGCGCGACCCGAACCCUGUGCACGUCGACCCUACCCGGGUCCACCAAUAUGGCAGCUCAGAAGUCGAGCAGGCGGGCAUGGCCAUCGAGGGCUUGGUGAAGGGCCUCGCUGGCCGAGCACAUCCGGCCAACUCGCCUCCGGAGUGGCUCAUGCCGGACGAGGAAAGGGUGCGAGAGUGGUGGUUGGGCUACAACAAGGAGUUGGCGGCGAAGCAGAAGAAGGAGGAAGAAGCGCGGGCCAAAGCAGGGGCCGAGGCCGAAGCCAACGCUCUUUUAGCGGCGGCCGCCGCCGUUGCAGGGCAGCAAGGGCAAGUCAACCUGCGCGAUUGGAGUGCGUAUUUCGCCCAGCAGCAGCAGCAGCAGCAGCAGCAGCAGCAGCAGCAGCAGCAGGCGUACGCGCCGUACAUGGCGCUGCUACAGCAGCUGAACGGUGGUGCGAGGCAGGCGCCUGCACAGCAGCAGCCUCUUGCCACUCUCCAGACCUCCUUACCCGACAGCCAGCUGCAGUCGAUCCUGGCGGCUAUUAACAGCCAGCCGUCUCAGCAGCUGCAGCAAGCGCCGACACAAUCGAAUCCCGCAGGCUACGAGCUCUCGCAUCAGUAUUCUCAGAUGGGCCAGGACCGGCAGGCAUCUUCCUUUGAGGGCGGCGACAGAGACAGGGAUUGGCAAGACGCUCACGGACGAGACGAUGGGCCCCGGGACGCAGACGAGGGCAGAAAGAAGAAGCGUUCAGGGACGCAUCACAAGUCGGGCAAGGCACACACCGGAAGCAAGCUGUGCACCUAUUGGCAGCAGGGCAGUUGCGUCAGAGGCGACAAAUGCACAUUUAGACAUGACUAA